ACAGUUGGUAUAUGGAUUAGGAAUCGAUACGACAGCUUCUAUCCGACUUACUUUUUCUUCCCUCCCGCAUAUCCGACGACACGUCCUCGAUUCCUCUUUUUUUUGUGCGAUCAUGGCCGACGGCAAACACGCUGAAGAGGCACGGUCCUCCGCCGCUGCGAAGCCAAAACCUGGCAAAGAGUUAUACCCGAUGUCAGACUGGAAAUACGACGCCUUCUUGCACACCUUUUCCGUCCUGGUAGAUCUGUUCUUCCGCGAAGUCCACCCGCGAGGCGCAUGGAGGGUCCCGCGAACCGGGCCUAUCCUGUUCGUCGCCGCGCCGCACGCGAACCAGUUCGUCGACGGCCUGGUCCUGCAGCGGACCCUGAAGAACGAGGCCAACCGCCGCGUGGGCCUGCUCAUCGCCGAGAAGUCCGUCCACGGCUUCAUCGGCUGGGGGUCGCGCCAGACCGGAUCUGUCCCCGUGGGCCGCGCGCAGGAUAAAGCGAAACCCGCUUCAGGCGUCAUCUACCUGCCCGACCCCAUCAAUGACCCAACCCUGAUCCGAGGCGUGGGCACCGACUUCGAGAAGGAAGCCGAGGUUGGCGGCAUGAUCUUCCUGCCCUCGGUGAAGGGCCAGUCGGGUAGCUCGGUCGACAUCUCCCAGAUCAUCGGGCCCGAGGAAAUUCGCAUCAAGCGCCCGUUCAAGGGGAAGGUGCCCCUGCAGCAGCUCACCGGUCGAGACGAUAUCGACGAGAAGGGAAAUCUCACUAACAAGGGAUUGAGAGGUACUAAAGAUGGCUACGAGGGUACUAAGUUUAAGCUGGCGCCUCACAUCGACCAGACCGAGGUUUACAAAGCGGUCUUCCACCGUCUAAGAUCUGGCGGUUGUAUUGGAAUUUUCCCCGAAGGAGGUAGCCAUGACAGGACAGAGCUGUUACCGCUGAAGGCCGGUGUUGCUAUUAUGGCAUUGGGUACCCUGGCGGAGGAUCCCGAUUGUGGACUGCAGAUUGUUCCCGUCGGGAUGAACUAUUUUCACGCGCACAAGUUCCGGUCGCGGGCUGUUGUCGAAUUUGGAGCGCCGUUCCAAAUCCCCAGAGACAUUGUUGAAAAAUACAAGAAUAAUCAGAGGAGAGAUGCGAUUGGUCAGACGCUCGACAUGGUGCACCAAGCUCUGAGCGCCGUUACGGUAUCGGCUCCGGAUUACGAUACACUGAUGUGCAUCCAGGCAGCCCGGAGACUAUACAAUACCGGAAAGAAGCUACCUCUACCCAUGGUGGUGGAAUUGAACAGGAGACUGGCUGUCGGGUUCUCCAAAUACAAGGAUGACCCGCGCAUUAUCGAUCUGAUGAACAAUGUCAAGAUUUACAACAACCAGCUCCGCUAUCUUAAUAUCAAGGACCACCAAGUGGCCUACGCUAAGAUGACCCUCCCCUCGGUCAUCGUCACCCUUCUAUACCGAAUUAUCAAACUCCUAGUCCUCUCUAUCGGUGUCAUCCCCGGUCUGGUUCUAUUCGCCCCGGUCUUCGCCGCGUCUAAGAUAAUCAGCCACAAGAAGGCCAAGGAAGCGUUAGCGGCUUCGUCGGUUAAGAUUCAGGGCCGGGAUGUCAUGGCUACGUGGAAACUACUGGUUGCUAUGGCUUUCACGCCUGUGCUCUAUAAUCUGUACUCUAUCUUGCUCUCAUUCAAGGUAUACCAAGAUCACCUUUGGGGCUACGUACCGGAGUGGGUGCCGUUUUGGCUGGUCUUUGUCGCUGGCUGGGUCGUCUUCCCGGCUAUCACGUUCGCCGCCUUACGGUUCGGCGAGGUCGGCAUGGAUAUCUUGAAGUCGCUCCGGCCUCUCGUCCUGUGCAUCAGCCCGACGGCGAGCAACAGUCUCCACAAGCUCCGGGAGCGGAGGGCGGAGCUGGCGGAUAAGGUGGUCCAGGUGAUCAACGACCUGGGCCCAGACAUGUACGAGGACUUCGAGCACACACGGCUGAUCGCGGACCCGUCGCGCGCGGACGGUUCGCUGUCGCUCAAGGAGCCGGCGACCUCCGCCGACGCGACGGAGCCGACGCCGCCGGACUCGCCGCACCUGUCGCGCAAGAACACGACCAAGUCGAGCCAGGCGAUCCCGCGGAACGAGUCGUUCAGCAACAUCGGCUCGAUCGGCAUGUUCGCGACCCGCCCCCCUUCCCGGUCGAGGAGCCGGAGCAGCAGCAGCGGGGGAGGGUUCGGGUCCGGAGGUUUCCCGGUAUCCGCGUUCACGGCGCUGGACACGCACGAAGGGUUCAACGAGGCGAGCAACAAGAUCCGCGCGGCGAUGAGGCAGAGGGGUCAGCUGAGGAGAAGGAAGAGCGGCUUCUCGUCGGACGGGGAGGGGAGCGAGGGGGGUGUGAGUAUGGGAUGAAAAAGAGAGCGAGAGAGUUUUAUGAAAACCUUCUUUUUAUGUCAUUUUGCUUUGUCUCUGCGGGAGGGUAAAUUUGCUUUUUUUUCGUUUGUUUGUGGAAAAAACGCCUUAAUUACCUAUUUACCUAGAGAUCGAGAGAGGAGAUAAGAUAGUCUGGGCUUGGCCUGGCCUGGCUUGGCUUGGCUUAGUUCGGACUGGACUGGACUGGAGUGGAAUGAAGUGAAGUGCUUAGAACGGAUAGGUCCGAGUUUUUAGGAUCGAAGGAAAAAGGAAAGGGGGGGAGAAGUAAUUGAGCAUUUGUAAUGGAGCAGGCGCCGUUUUUCAGCUGUGAAAAGUGAGACAGAAGGGGAGAGAAGGAAAGAGAGGAGAGAGCAGAUGGAAUAGCAGAGAGAUGUGAGGAGACGGAAUAGGAGUUGGAGUAGGAGUAAUGUAUACCCGAGCGUACAGUACCUAUGUUGACGGACAGGUAAACUGUUGUUGUUGUUGGCAG